AUGGAAACUGCGUUUGAUCUACCGCCCUCAACAGCGAGAUCUGUCUCAGUGAGAGACAUGGGAACUGAGAUGACUCCAAUAGCAAGCCAAGAACCUUCUAGGAACGGGACACUGAUUAGGGCAACAACACCAAUCCGAAGUCCUGUAACUUCUGCACCUUCAACUCCAGGGAGAGGAGCAUUGAGUAAGAAGGAAUUGUCAGAGAAAGAGAUUCAAACGAAAACUAGGAGAGAGAUAAUGGUGUUGGGAACACAGCUUGAGAAGUUAAACAUUGCUGCUUGGGCAAGUAAAGAGGACGAAGACGAAGAUGCUUAG